AUGCAUCCAGAGGAACCGCCCGGCAAAAACUCACUGCCAACCUGGCUCCAUUUCAACUCCCACGACCUCAAAACCCUCUUUCGCUGUGUAGCCGCAACAUGGGUGGCCACCAUCCUGAUGUUCAUCCAUCCCACUCUGCGGACCAUCGGGACAGCCACGUUUUUCGGAUGUCUGGUCCUGUUCAUUAACCCCCCCUCCGGCAUCGUCUUCAUCUUCAUCCUCGGGACGUUGACCCUGCUGAUUGGAAUGGCCCUCGCCUGGGCCUGGGGCGUCCUCACCAUGAAAGCCGCGCUGGCCGCUCGUCCCCAGACGGAGGCUCUGGCCCGUCUGCAGGCGCUCGGACAGGAGGCUGCCAGGCAGGCGAAUGCCACCGGCCAGGGUGUGGCCAGCGUGCAGCAGCAGCUCGUGUACGACGGGUUCAUGCUUGAUGCGCGGGUCUCGGUGAUUUACUUUGUUAUGAUUUGCGCCCGGCUGCGCGCCGCGAAUCCCAAGUUCACGCUCGUCCAGAUCUUCGGCACGAUCAUCGCCGACCUGUUCUUGACGAUUGGGCCGCUGCUGCCUUCGUUUCGGGGCACGCUGCCCAAGGUUCUGAUCAUCCCUGCUGCGAUUGGCGCCGGACUGGGUCUUGUUGCCUCGUUGCUGCUCUUCCCGCAGUCGACGUCGCAUGCUGUUCUGGCCGGCAUGCAGGCCUUGGUCGAGUUGACGAAGCAGCCGCUCAGGUUGACGACGGAGAGGUUUGCGGCCGCCGCUCGCGGCGAGGAUCUGGAUUUGAAGUCCUUGUUGGCGAUCAAGGGCCAGCUCAUCGCCGGAUACAAGGCCAUCGAGCCGGCGAUGGGGUUCCUGCCGUUGGAUUUCUCGCGCGGCCGGUGGAACGCGGCCGAUGUGAAGAGCUUGAGGCAGCCUGUGCGGCAGGUUCUGGUGAGCACUGUGUUGCUGCUGGAUUAUCAUAUCAACCGGUUGAGCGCGCAGGCCAGCGUGGACAGAGUCCGGGCUGUGUCCAAGGCGGGGACGCCCUCGGACGGGCCCCUGCAAGAUGGCAAGGAGGAAAAAGAGCAACCGCAGGAAGUCGGACACCGGCAGAUGAUGGAGAGCUGGGAUAUGAUUGAAGCAAUGACGAGUCCCGAGUCGGAGGCGCUGCGGUCCGGGACUGAUGCCAUUCUGCGUGAAUCCAGCGGGGAGAUUCUCCAGGUGUGCGAGGAGGUGGCCAGCAUGGCGGUGGAGUGCAUCCACACGGUCAACUCGCAUCGCUGGCUUGGAUCGCGGGCCGCGGAUCGGUUGGACGAGUGCCAGGAACUCCUGAAGAAGCUGCGUGCGGCCCGAACCUCCUUUGCCGAGCAGACCACCGAGAAGCUGAUCGAGAGACACGGCGAGAUCUUCGACGAGACCGGGAGCCUCAAGCGCCUCGACACCAUUGGCGGCACGUCCAUCAGCAGCGUCAUGGUCGGCCUGGCCUUUGAGGAGCUUGUCAUCUCCGUCGCGGACGCUCUUGACCAGUUCCUGUCGCAGAUCGUGGCUCUCCUCGAGGCCCGGCCGAAGCCGCGCCUGUGGGUUCCCACCAGCAUCGAAUACGCCGUGGGCUGGGUGCUGCGGCGGAACGCUCGCGCUCCCGUCGCGGGACAAUCGUCCGACACGGACCCGGACGAUACGGCAGUGGCCCAGGCGGACGAGACGCAGCAGCUCUUCCGCCGGAUCAGCCGGGGAUACCGCGUCAAGCAGCGGAGUGGCCUUGGCCGAGUGGUGCUGGGCACGUACCACUGGUUUACCAGCGCCGAGGGUCUUUUCGCCUUGCGCAUGGUCAUCCUGACGAUCGCCCUGGCGGUGCCGGCCGUCAUUCCGUCGAGUUCGGGAUUUUACUACCGGGAAAAGGGCCUCUGGGGACUCAUCAUGGGGCAGACCACGCUGCUGGUGUACAUGGCCGACUUUACCUUUUCGCUCAUCUCCCGCGCCGCUGGCACGGUUGUUGGGGGUGUGGUAGGACUGGUGGCGUGGUAUAUCGGCUCCGGACAUGGGCCGGGCAAUCCGUACGGACUGGCUGCCAUCUCGGCUCCGGUGAUUGUGAUCUUCAUGUGGGGACGACUAUUUCUCAGUCCGGCGCUGCUGCAAGCGACCAUCAUGAGCGCCGCAACGUUUUUCCUCGUCCUCGGAUACAGCUUCGACGACACCCAUAUACCCCAAUACGGCAAUCCCGGCGUCGCCUACAACGUCUUCUGGCGCCGUCUUGUCCUGGUCUUUGUCGGCUUCGCCGCCGCGCUGAUCGUCCAGAUCUUCCCGCACCCCCCGUCGGCAGCCCGACACAUCUGCACGUCGCUGUCCAACACCCUCCGCCGCCUGACGGACCACUACGCCCUCCUGCUCUCCUGCUGGGCGCGCCCCAACAACGACGGGCGCAUGGCGGAGCAGCUCUCCAUCGAGGUCGCGGAGCGUCUCGCCGCCCUGAACGGCCCCAUCGCCCUGCUCGGUCUGGAGUUCUCCAGCUCCCGCUUCGACAGCGCCAGUCUGCGGCAGGUGCAGUCGCUCUGCCAGACGCUCAACCAGAACCUGGGCCGGCUGCUGCUGCUGUCCGCGACGCUGCCGGUCGAGCUGCAGGAACGGCUGGCGCGGACGUCCGGGGUGCUGGAGCAGCGCAGCAUCGCGGACGUCAUGGCCGUGCUGGGGGUUGUGGCGCAGGCGAUCAAGACGGGGGAUGCGCUGCCGGAGGUGCUGCCGACGCCGGUGACGAAACGCUGCUACGAGUAUUGGCGCGGGGCGCAGUUGACGGAGGUGAUGCCCUUGCAGACGGACCUGAUCAGGGAGAAGGCGUAUCGCCGGUACUGUGUGGCGGUGAUGGCGUAUGUGAGGGUGUUGGCGGCGGUGGAUGAGUUGGUGAUGGUGGUCAAGGGGACAUCAAUGAAAAUGAACUUCACCAUCAUCAACGGCCAAAUCUACACCCCCGGGCUGGCCAUCAUCGAUGCGCCCCAGCCAUACACUCCUCUGGGCGGAGCCCUCGACAUCUCCGGCAACGGCAAGCUCUGGCCCCCGGACUCCUCCUCCUCUUCCACCCUCGACUCCCUAACCCUCUUCCUCACCUCCUACACCACCUCCAAGAACCUGACCAUCUCAAACGGCACAACCCCAAAAACCAAUAGUGCCGGCUUCGUCGGGCCCGUUCUCGAGCUCGAGCCCGCGUCGACGGUCAAGCAUGUCAACUGGGUCUGGCCGGAUUGUUUAGCGGGCGAGGGGGAUCAAAGUCCCCGGGGGAGGUACAAUGUGUCUGUUCAUCAGGGGUUCAGGGUUAACGGGACGAGGUUCUAUACUGUGUUUGAUUUGCCGAUUGAGGUGAGCAAUUCGAUUGCGGAGCGGGAUGGGAGGGUGAGCUGUGGGGGGUUGGAGAAUGGGGUGCUGGAUGCGGCGGUUGUUGCGCAGAGUAAUGCGUCGUUGACGGCGUCGCCGUGGUUGGGGGGUGUCGAGGGGGAGAGUGAGAGUGGGCAGACGAGUGAUGCGUGUACAAUGAGAUAUGGAGUCAAGGGGAUGGUGGUGAUGCUGCUGCUGGGGGUGGCUUUGUUGUAG